CAAGCUUCUGAGUCGUCGACCGAUCCCGGCCAACUCCAAACUUCCGAAGCCAUCCGUCAGAUUUAUUCCAACGCAAAGAGAAAGUAGCUCGCUCGCUCGCUUACUGCACAAGGGAGGGAGGGCCAAGAAUGGCAACGGCGGAGAGCAUCAAGGGCCGCGGCCGGUUCGCGGCGGCGUGCGGCGUGCUCAGCCGGUACGUCAAGGCGGCCGAGAGGGCGGCGGCGACGGAGGCGCGGCCGCCGGCGGUCCUCCCUCUCAUGCCAGGCGCGGACGUGUCCGUGCAAGAAGAGCAGGAGGCGAGGCCGGAGCCGGCGCCGGCCCCGCAGCUGACCAUCCUCUACGGUGGGCUGGUUCUGGUGCUCGACGAGGUCCCGGCCGACAGGGCGGCCGAGCUGCUCCGUCUCGCGGCCGCAGCGCAAGGCGGGGCCCGGGCCCGGCACGGGCAGGUGGUGCCGGUGGCGGAGGAUGACCUGCCGAUGGCGAGGAAGGCGUCGUUGCAGCGGUUCAUGGAGAAGCGCAAGGGCCGGGUCGCCGCGCGCGGGGCGCCCUACAGCAGGCCGGACGGCGCCGGCGCCGGCGCGGCGUGCCCUGACCGUCUCACGCUCGCGCUCUGAGUUCUGAUUCAUGUAUAGCAUAGCGAGAGAAACUUGUGUUUGUUACUAUAAAUAAAUAAAUCGAAGCCAGAUUAUAUUA